CUGUGGGAUUUAAUCCUUAAGAUGUGUGUGCAGCCCCUAUAUACUACAGGGUCCAGUAUGCAAUGCUCCAUCUUGAUCAGAAUAAUUUGUUACUAUGGCAUUUAGUCUUCACAGGCUUCCCUGGUAUAUUAAGGAUGAGGAUGGCUGCAGUGUGUGCUCCAUCUCAUGUAAACUUGAUGCAGCUCUUUGGUCCCUUUCCAGCUCUCGAGAUCUUACUGGGGCAAAGAUUGGGCAGUGAAGCAGAACGGAGUAAGAGGCUUCUUAGAACAAGGAUCCUUGCCAGUAAGUGUUGUCUCAGCAGGGUAGAGAUAAAGGUGGGACUUCAGGACACUUGUAAAAUGCCCAAAGCUGUACCAACUGGGUAUAUUUUCACCCUUCUGGUUUUACAAUGGCAGUAUGCCAUAAUGCCAUUCUUUGACAUACUUUUUUUUAACUGUACAUAUCUCAAGCCAUAUUGGUGCUUAAUUGUGGUGGUAUGGGGAGUGUCCCCCAGGGGAAAAGAAUUGUAUAUGUGCCAUUAUGGCAAAGGAGUUGAAGAGGGAUUUGAAGGAAGGAUGAUUGUUGUAGAGCCUGCCUCUGAGAGGCGGGAAGGCCUAGUAACUGAUAUAAUUGCCGUGGAAGUAAAAAAAGCAAGAUUUCUGGAAAAUCUAGCUUCCCUGAAGAACUUUGAUAUAAUUGCUUACAAUCUACCUGCGUUCCCCACUGGCAUGGUGGUAGCGAUAGCCAUUGGUGUGACUCUAGUUGUCUUGCUGCUCAUCGCGGUUAUCGUGUGUGUCGUCAGAAAGAAGAACUCUAAAAAGCAUUACUCUGGCUGCAGUACCUCUGAGAGCUUGAUGUCACCAGUUAAGCAGGCUCCACGGAAGUCCCCCUCCGACACAGAGGGUUUGGUAAACCACGUGCCCGCCAGAUUGCACCAGGGCCCAGUAAUUUAUGCGCAAUUAGAUCACUCUGGUGGGCAACACAGCGACAAGAUUAACAAGUCGGAAUCCGUGGUUUAUGCUGACAUUCGGAAGAACUGAGGCGAUCCCACCGUAUCCAAAGCAAAACAAAAAUUCAAACUGGAAUGGCUUGAAUCAAAUGUGACCCAGAGAACUCACAUGUGGCCUUUGAUGCCUAGGCUAGGACCAAUGCAUGUGAAUACAGAGAGAUAUAUGUGUUGUGUGUGUAAAUAGUCUAUUUAAUCGUACAGAAGUGAGACCAGUGUUGCAUGUUGAGAUGCAGUAAGAAUUCUGCUUAUAAAUGGCCAAUAUUCUUUUUUUGUAUCUAGGAUAAGGGGAGAAAAAGUGAAAAUACAUAACAUGGCAAUUUUAAAGUUUUUUUUUUUUUUUUUGUCUCAAUCAUUAAUGGGGAAACUGGAGGGUGCUAGGGGAUUCUAGAUUUACCUGAUCAUUUUUCAACAGGGUUUUCCUUUUUUGAAGGGAUGGAUAUGAGGAAGGUAGUUUCUAUAGGAUAUUUCCUCUUCUCCAAUCUAUACAAAUUGACUGCCACCUCAUCUUACUUAUACAAUUAGACCUCUUUGCUCAGAAAAACCCUCCCAUCUGCAUGGGAGAAGGAAGAGCUAAGUUAUAAAGGAUCUGGUAAAUUUUAGCCAUUUGAAAUGUCUACCCUUCACCCCUUUAAAUGUAUGAGAACUUUAAAUUUAUAUAAUGGUGACAUUGCUCAUAGAUUAAUAGAUUUUUAUGGCCAGAAGGGACCAUUAUUAGCUCAUCUAGUCUGACCUCCUGUAUAUCACAGGCCAUAGAAUUGCAUAUAGUUACUCCUGUAUUGAGCCCAUGUAUUGUUAGAGCUUAAAGCCAGUCCCUUAGAACACAGGGACUGUGUUGGCCCAGUGGGGUUUGUGCAGUGAAAAUAAAACCCAACUUUUCAUAAGUAAGCGAAGAUAGGGUGACCAGAUGAGAGGAAGAAAAUAUCGGGACACAUUGGGGGGGGGAAAGAGUGUCCGGCGGCGGAUCAAAAAAAAUAAAAGUAAAUAAAAAGCUGAGUGCUGUCAGCGGAGCGAAAUAUCGGGACAAAUUGCGUCCCGACCAAAGAUCGGUCGGGAUGCGGGACAAACACCUAAAUAUCGGGACGUCUGGUCACCCUAAGCGAAGGGGGCGUCUAGGAAGCUAGAUCCUGAUGUGUCCUUCCUUGGGACAACCUGCUUCCAGUGAAACCUGCUGGGUUGUUUGUCCACUUGUAGUAGGAAGCAGGGGCUCUUCUGGAGAGAGAUGACAUUGCACUUUGUGGAAAAGGAAAAGUGAUAAAACUUUACUUGCAAUAAUCUGUCUAUACUGUCUUUCCCUGAAGCUGGUUUAGAGUAAGGGGGAGAAGCGUGAUGAAUGGGACCAUCACAAGCCUGCUGCUAUAAGAGGACAGGGCCAUCCUUGGUUCCACUGUCACUGACUCUUACUAAAGUCCCAUCUCCUGUGAUCUGCUAGAACAGGAAAAAUUGAAUAAUGCAGAAAGCUUGCAGCCCCACCUAGAUCACUGACAUUCUGGCUAGCUUGCUCUUUUGGGAAUCUUCCCUGUGACCUGUUUAGUCUAGUUGAAGGCAUGUGAGCUAGACCCACACUGGAGAGAUUCAUUUCAAGGUUUUAGAUCCUCUUUGUUCUUCCCUUGUAUCUUUAUGAAUGCUUGCUUAUAUUUCCAGAGGUUCAUUGAGUCCUUCUGGAAGGAAACAAGCUGCCUCUUGUGUGUAGUGAACUGCAGGCAUCAUGAUAUGAGAUCUUGUCUGAGCCUGACUAGGGAUGUCUUUUGCAUUUAUGGGAACAUAACCAACAUUCCAGGGCGGGAGUAGAUGGCUUCUAUGAUGUAGCUGUCUUAAAGCUGUAGCCAGAAAGACUUGAUGCAAUAUGGGACUGAAACUAUUACGAACUUACUUUCCCUUGAUUUGUCUUAACUUUGAAGCUUGUUUAUCAGGAACAGUAAUCGGUGUUAAUGGAAGUGGAUUGAUUCUGACUGAGUGAGCUGUCUUCAGGUUUCACUCAGUUCAGAGGAGUUCAUGAUUGCCUUGUGGCUAAUGAGAUCAGACCAGAGACCUGAUCAGUUUUAACCCUAUACUUCUAGCCAAUGGAGCAUGCAGAGUUUCCUCUUGAUUCCCUGCCACUAACCCAGGUUUUUGUCAGUUAAAAGGAAAUGCAAAAUUUAAAGGUCUUUUAAAAUUCCUCCAGGUUUGCUGCCUUUGUCCAUCCCAGGCCCUGCUGAGGUUUGUGCUGUGUAGGACUACUUCUGAUGAAUGCCUAGUGCUAAGUAGGAGAAGGCAGGCUUGUAGCACAGCUCAGGGAUAAGCAGAAUCCCUUGUCAGGGUAAAACAGGUGUAAAAACUGAAAUGGGGAUGAGGCUAGCAGUUAAUACUGUGUGACUAGGCUUGGAAGGAUUAGAUUUUUAUCGGUAAAUGUCAAACGUUGAUUUCACUGUACAUGCACAAACUGAUGCAUAAAUAUUUCCAUCAAUAAUUGAAAUUUAGAGGUAGGCAAAGUAAGAAAAAUGCUGCUUGAGAACUUAUUGGUUUGAUUUAAGGCUAUAUACUUCCUAUAUUUUGACAUAGGAUGUUGACAGUUUGUGUGCUAAUGGUUAUAAUGCUUUAACUUUUUAAAUCUCAAGAUCUACUGUCAUUAAAUUGUUUCAUCCCUCAAUUUCCCACAGCUGAAAGUUUAAACUGAAAAAAUGCUUAAAACCCAUAAUUGUGCACAACGUUGAAAAUUUAAAUUGAUAAUUGAAAAAGAUGCUUAAAAAUAAGUGUUAUUGUCUAUUAAAAUUAUAAAUUCAUCGCCCUUGGCAUAGCUACAUCUCUCAGGGGUGUGAAAAAUCCACAUACCCCUGAGAGAUGUAGCUAUGGUGACCUAACCCUUGGUGUAGACAGAAUUCUUCCAUUGACCUAACUACCACUUCUUGGGGAGGUGGAUUACCUAUGCUGAUGGGAGAACCUAGUGUUUGCAUCUGCACUGCUGUAGCGCUUCAGUGUAGCUGUGCCACUGUAGUGAUUAAAGUGUAGACAUACCCUGAAUGAAGCGAUAGUGAAAUCCCAGACUCUGGUCUGAUCGUAUUAGCCCAGGGGUUCUCAAACUGGGGGUUGGGACUCCUCAGGGGGUCACGAGUUGUCAGUCUCCACCCCAAACCCCGCUUUGCCUCCAGCAUUUAUAGUGGUAUUAAACAUUUUAAAAAGUGUUUUUAAUUUAUAAGGGGGGGGUCGCACUCAGAGGCUUGCUAUGUGAAAGUGGUCACCAGCCCAAAAGUUUGAGAACCGCUGUAUUAGCCCAUUUUGGAAGCUGUGAAAUGGAAUGAAUUGGUUGCAUUCUUCUCCUCCCCACCACCCCUUUCUGUACUGCAGUCAAUUACUCAGUGCUUGUCUACAGUGUGGAGACUAUACCAGCAUAGCUACAACAGCAGAGCUAUGCCAGCAUGACCCUAUCAUGGAGGCACAGCCUAUGCUGAUAGAAGGGUUUUUCUGCUGGUGUAGAAACACCACCUUCCUGAACGAUGAAAGCAUUAAAUUGUCAAUAUAGGUCUCUCUAUGGGGGGGGGGGGGGGUUAGGUCAAUUUAGCUCUGUUGGUUGGGAUGUGUGGGUUUUUUUGUGUGUUUUUGCAUCCCUGACUGACACAGCUGUGUCGACCUAACUUUUAAGCCCUGGUCUGCACUUCAGAUUUAGAUUGACCUAACUGCAUUGAUCAGAGGUGUGAAAAAUUCAUCGCCUUGAAUGCUGUAGUUAAGCCAACCUAACUCCCAGUGUAGGUGCAGUUUGUCUUCCUUCAGUGUAGGAAGCAUCUACACUAAGGCACUGGAGCUGUCUCGCUAUAGUACCCAUACUGUAGACGUGCUCUAAGUGUAGACCAAGCCUAAGGGCUGUUACAAUGGAGGCAACUCUUGGAUAACGAGCUGAGGUGAGCUCCGUGGGAAUUGCAUUGUAUCCAGGAAGGCGAAUUCUUUAUAAAUCUUGUCUUUACUGCUCAGGGCGUAAUAUGUCACAGCACAGAAACUAGAGUCAGUACCACAACAUUUUCUACUUGUUGGGAGAAGUUGUUCUCCUGACUAUAACUGACCUUGUACUCACUGCAGACAAAAACAAAUACCCUUUGGGAUUGCUGCCUUGGUUCUGUCUGCUACAGGAACUGGCACCUUUUUGAGAGCAAGAGUUGGAUGGUAUCACUUCUGUUUUGCUUGUCUUCCCCUCAGAAAACAUGCUGCUGCUCCUCGCUAGAACUGAAAAGCUGGCACAGCAGCAAAAUUCUGUUUCAACAACUGAGGCCUUUUAACCCUUAGUUGACCGCCAGCAAACAAGCAUAUAGGUGCAGCAUCCAGAGGGCUGGUGUUGCUACUUGCUAACUCUGAUGUCCAGUGAAUGAAUUGGCAGCUGUAUUCUUCUCCACAUCUUCUCUCCAACACCCCUUUCCAUGCAUAGGUUAGUGUUUGACUGCAGUUCUCCAGGGUUGAGGGGGUAGGACAAGGGUAUUUUAGGUGGUGCUUGGAGGAGCUGUUACGUUGAGAGCCUUCCCACAGUAGCAGUGGUCUAUGUUGGUGCAUAAGGCCCAAUCUAUACCUGGAGUGUUCUGUGUUUUUUAGAGUUCUAUUGACAUUUCAAUUUAUGAUUAGAGGAACUGGAAUUAGGUUUUUAAUUUGUCUUUUAAUAUUCCAGAGUUGUUUGGGUAACCAUCUGCCUUGUAACUCGUGUGUAUGUGUACAUGUACACAAAACUUAAAGGCUUUGUUUCCCUACAGAGUGGACUGUUGAGGUGGUAGGGUGAAGAACCUUAUGAUCUCUAACAUAAUUGCCCUGGAAUCUGUUUUAAAUCUUGCUUGGUGUUUACAUUGUUCUCUUAUCUGUCUAGGACCUUUAAAACCAUGAUUUUUCUUUUAUGUAUAUGGGGGGUGAGGUUUGAGGAGUAUUUUUUCCCCCUUGAAAAUGAAUCUGUGGUCAAAGAUCUGGGGUAUUGUGGAAGUAGAGUUUCUCCAACAGUAUCUACAUUGCUGGGGUUGCAGUCAUUUUCCCAUCAUACCAGCAUCUAGGUCUUGGCACAUUGUAUGAUAAAGGCCACCAGAAUGCAUCGAAUCAUAGAAAUGCUGGGCUGGAAGGGACCUCAAGAAGUCCUCAAAUCCAGCCCCCUGGUCUGAGGCAGGACUAAGUGAUGGAAAUCCCUAAAUCAUAAACUACUUUGCUCAGAUUUUAUUCCAUUGUGUUUUUGUUUUGUUUUUUAAGGUUUCUUUCCUCCUCCCUCUCAAACACAAGCAACCCCUUUUAUUUUUAAGGUAUUUCUGCACUUUCUAAAACUGGAAUUUAAGUUGAAUAAAGUUUCCUGCCUUCUGGGGUGAAUAUGCUGUGCAGUCUGGUUCCCCCUCACUCCAAAGCAGCUGUAACAUGGAGUAUUAGAGACACUUUGGGCAGGAAGACAGGAGCUUUUGGUUCUUGUUCCUGCAGACCUCUAACUUGGAAAGUAUCUUCCUAAACCGGGGAGGAAAGCCCCCUCCUCAAUAAGAGGAUAGCGCACCAGUAUCCUACCUGGUUUUGGGGGUGGAGGAAACAGGACAAACACCUAUAAAAUGGGUGUAUAAUUAUUGUGGGAGGGAGCCAGGUGUAUACUGCAUGGCCUCACUAAAGUUAAGGCCAUGGAGAGCCGGGGAUAGCAACUGUGCUUUGCUUGGACAGAUACUUUUGAUUUGGAUACUAAAAUCAUACUGUUAAUUUUUCUUGACUGAUUUUAAUGUUUUCUAUUGUAAUCUUGUGACUAUUUUAAUACACUUUUUUCCAUUA